AUGGAAACCAACUAUGCAUCUAAAGAGAAAAAUUGUUCCAAACGUAAUAAAAAAAUUAAUGGUGUGAAUUAUUUAAAAUGUAAUAUAUGUAAUAAAUUGUAUGAGCCAGACCGUACCAAUGUCUCUUUUAAAAGAUUUAAUGUUAUGUCUAAGGAGAGAAAACAGAAAUGGAGAUGUAUUAAUUGCGUUCAUGAAAAACAAAAUAGCAGUACGACUAUUUCACCUAUGGGUACUACAAAUAUAAACAGACAAGAGCAAGAAACUACCGAAAAAAGUACUGAUGAGCACAAAUAUGAAAAAAAUGUGACAAUAAGAUCUAAAAAAAAUUUACAUGAAACAUGUACCAGUUCGCACAUGAACACCUCAUGGACUUCAUCUGAUUCGGAAUAUGACAUAAAGAGUUUACCUGAUAUUUCAACCCUAUUCAAUUUCGAACCGGAAAUCAUAAAGGAAGAAUUGGAAAGAACUAAAAGCAUACUCGCUAGCGUUAAUUUGGAAAUAGAGAAUCUAUUGCUUGAGAAUAGCUCACUUAAUAAAAAGAAUAUGGAAUAUGAAAAGACGAUUUCUCAACUAAUAAAUACAUGUAAUAAUCUUUUUUACGGGUCUCAAAAAUCAGUCAGUUCGGUACAGAAAAAGAAAAAUAAGAGAAGUUCUAUAUUAAGUAUUGAAUCAAGCAAAGACAUUGAGCAGGACAUGUUGAUUACGACUAAACCAAAAUUGUUAGAAGGGCAAACUGAUUCUCAAUUGAGUUUCCAUAAAUGUCCGCUAGAUGGGACUACAGAAACAACGGAAAGUAAACAUCCGGUAAAACAACUCAAAGAACAGAAAAUUGAAACUCAAUCAACACAUACUAUAUUAGAGAAAAAAAUUUACUGGGUGAUGAACAAGGGACAGGAGUUGCGACUAAACUACUCAUGGAUCGAGAAAUUAGGGGUGAUAAUAACUCCAAAAUUAUGUCAUUUAUAA